GUACGCUCCGGGAGAGCGGCGAGGCCAAUAUGGCUUCCUGCACCUGGUGACGGUUGAAGAAACUGUGUUAGGUCUCAUGGAGAAGCCCCGGGGCGUCGAGGAGACUCCGUCUUCAGAACCGAUGGAGGAGGAAGAGGAAGACGAUGACCUGGAGCUCUUCGGCGGCUAUGACAGCUUCCGGAGUUACAACAGCAGUGUGGGCAGUGAGAGCAGCUCCUAUCUUGAGGAGUCAAGCGAAGCAGAACAUGAGGAUCGGGAAGCGGGGGAGCUGCCCACCUCCCCGCUGCAUCUGCUCAGCCCUGGGACGCCCCGGUCCUUGGACGGCAGUGGUUCUGAGCCAGCUGUCUGUGAGAUGUGUGGGAUCGUGGGUACCAGGGAAGCCUUCUUCUCCAAGACCAAGAGAUUCUGCAGUGUCUCCUGUUCCAGGAGCUACUCCUCCAACUCCAAGAAAGCCAGUAUCUUGGCAAGAUUGCAGGGAAAACCACCUACCAAGAAGGCCAAAGUUCUGCACAAAGCUGCUUGGUCUGCCAAAAUUGGAGCCUUCCUCCACUCCCAGGGGACAGGACAGCUUGCUGAUGGGACCCCAACUGGGCAGGACGCGCUGGUCUUGGGUUUCGACUGGGGGAAGUUCCUGAAGGAUCACAGUUACAAGGCUGCUCCUGUCAGCUGCUUUAAGCAUGUCCCACUCUAUGACCAGUGGGAGGAUGUGAUGAAGGGAAUGAAGGUAGAGGUUCUCAACAGCGACGCCGUGCUCCCCAGCCGGGUGUACUGGAUCGCCUCGGUCAUCCAGGCAGCAGGGUACCGGGUGCUGCUCCGGUAUGAAGGCUUUGAAAAUGAUGCCAGCCAUGACUUCUGGUGCAACCUGGGGACUGUGGAUGUCCACCCCAUCGGCUGGUGUGCCAUCAACAGCAAGAUCCUGGUGCCCCCGCGGACCAUCCAUGCCAAGUUCACCGACUGGAAGGGCUACCUCAUGAAACGCCUGGUGGGCUCCAGGACACUUCCUGUGGACUUCCAUAUCAAGAUGGUGGAGAGCAUGAAGUACCCCUUUCGGCAGGGCAUGCGGCUGGAGGUGGUGGACAAGUCCCAGGUGUCCCGGACCCGCAUGGCCGUGGUGGACACAGUCAUCGGGGGUCGCCUGCGGCUCCUCUACGAGGAUGGUGACAGCGACGAUGACUUCUGGUGCCAUAUGUGGAGUCCCCUGAUCCACCCUGUGGGCUGGUCCAGGCGAGUCGGCCACGGCAUCAAGCUGUCAGAGAGGCGCAGUGACAUGGCCCACCACCCCACCUUCCGGAAGAUCUACUGUGACGCUGUUCCUUACUUGUUCAAGAAGGUUCGAGCUGUCUACACAGAAGGUGGCUGGUUUGAAGAAGGGAUGAAACUGGAGGCCAUUGACCCCCUGAAUCUGGGCAACAUCUGCGUGGCGACCAUCUGCAAGGUCCUCCUGGACGGCUACCUGAUGAUCUGUGUGGACGGAGGCCCCUCCACAGAUGGCUCCGACUGGUUCUGUUACCACGCCUCCUCCCAUGCCAUCUUCCCAGCCAACUUCUGCCAGAAGAAUGACAUUGAGCUCACACCCCCGAAAGGGUACGAGGCUCACACUUUCAGCUGGGAGGCCUACUUGGAGAAGACCAAGGCAAAGGCAGCUCCAUCGAGACUCUUCAACAUGGACUGCCCCAACCACGGCUUCAAGGUGGGCAUGAAGCUGGAGGCCGUGGACCUGAUGGAGCCCCGGCUCAUCUGCGUGGCCACUGUGAAGCGGGUGGUGCACCGGCUCCUUAGCAUCCACUUCGAUGGCUGGGACAGCGAGUACGACCAGUGGGUGGACUGCGAGUCCCCGGACAUCUACCCCGUCGGCUGGUGUGAGCUCACCGGCUACCAGCUCCAGCCACCUGUGGCCACAGAGCCCACCACACCUCUGAAAGCCAAAGAGGCCACAAAGAAGAAAAAGAAACAGUUUGGGAAGAAACGAAAAAGAAUACCACCGGCCAAGACGCGGCCCCUCAGACAGGGGUCCAAAAAGGCCCUGCUGGAGGAGGACCUGCAGGCGGCAGCGAAGGCCCCAUCGGAGCCCGCUCCUGAAGAGAUCAUCGCCGUGCAUGUGAAGGAGGAGCACCUGGACGUGGCCACAGGCGACAAGGCCCCGAGUCCAGAGCUGCCGGUGCCCGUCGAGAACAUCAAACAGGAGACGGACGACUGAGCCUUCCUCGCUGCCAGCCGGAAGCCAGCCCAGGGCGCCUCUCUGGCCACCACGCCAACCUACUUUACUUUGGAGACUGAGCCUUUUUGCAUACAUCUUGCCUGGUGCUGUGCGGGCUGGGCACCCAAGGAGCAGCCAGGGUCUCCUCUAGCCUCUGGCCUCUCCAGCAAGGCCAUGUGACGGGGGCUGCGUGCGAGCAGCUCCCUCUCCAGCUCGAAUUCCUGAAGCUCUUCCUCACUAGUCCCCUCCACUCCCCCCACACUGCUCCAUUGCCAGGGUGGGGGCUACACACGGGAGACAAGCUGGCUAGUGGUUAGGCCCGAGCAGGUCUUGAGGUGGGGACAGACGGUCACCCGACGGACGAGAGUGGUGUGAGAGGUACAGCCUCUGCCCCAGACUCCAUGCGGAGCGGCCCCUCCUGCCUCGGUUGGGGCUCUGCUCCUCCUGGCACCCCCAGGAUGUUGGGGAGCCCCGUGCCAGCACCCACACCCAGCUCUGGCAGGCAGCUGAGCAGCAGUGACCAGCAUGUAGGUCCUGGUGACUUGUGAAGUGGCCUUGAUCUAUUUUCCCUUGGCAUAAAUACUGACUCCAUUUCCAAGAGGAGCAGAGAUAAGGUCUGCUCCCUGGGAAAGGGAGCUUGCCAGGGCCUCAGGUGGGGGAGACCACACCAGUCCCUGUGCCACGGGAAAGGGGGGUGGGGGUGGGCAUGUGCACAGGCAUGCAAGUAUCCUGAGAGAGAAGGUGCCACCAGCGUUGAACUUAACCCACUCUGGAGCCCAGCUGGAUGGGACCUGUGCUUUUCUUUCUCUGUUAACCAGGAACAGGUCUGGCCUUGCCAGAAGGUCUCGGGGCCUCUACACAGGGGGUGGUCUGCCCUGCUGACUGACGUGGCCAUGGAGGAGGUCCUGGAGACGGGGACAUACUUCUUGGUCCUUUUCCUCACUGUGCAUGUCCUUAACUCCAUAAUAUAUUUUGAUUCCGCUGCUCCUCUGAAAGUACAAUCUAGAAGUUUCAUCUAGCGUCUGCCCACAUUUCAGCUGCUGCUUCUCUGCAGUUAAGUCUCCUUUGAAGCUGUCUUCUCCCUCGGACCCACCCUCUCUUCAGGAGACCUGGGGCCUAGGUGGUAACAGGCUGCUCUCCUCAGCCCUUCUUUCCUUCCACAUGUUUGAGUAGAGACAGCAUGGCUGGGUGUGUCCCUGUGUUACCCUGUAAUAGCUGCUAUGGUCCAUGCUUGCCAGAUGGGGUGCUGACCUUGCGUGUGUUGAGGACCCUGCUGUUGGGUGUCAUCCCAGCGAUGGGCGACCAGCCCAAGGGGAGCCAAUUUCAGUUCAGAGAACCAGAUCUUAUGUCCUUUCCCAAAGGCACUGUGCAGGCUCACAUGGAAGAGAAACGAGGCUCUUGGAGCCUGAACUCCCCUAAAUGUGACAGGGGCUGUGCCUCCCCUUACCCACCUCACGGUGACGGGUGGCUCGGUGGAGGAAGGUGGCUGACAGUGGCUUGCAGUUCCACAGCCUGCUUGCAUCACCUGCCUUUGUUGAGGGUGAUUUGCCCAGCUGAGGAGAAUCAUUGUCCCCUAUGCUCUUGCCCUUUAAGGGUCAAGUUCUGACUGAAGAGCUUCUGGGGAGAUGGGACUUGUUUGGCCUUCAGUUUUGCUUCUUCCUGAGUGAAGAAGUUGAUGCCCACAGUGCUUGGGCGCCACAGGCAGGGCUAGAGGACAAGUUUAGCCACUGUUCCAGCCCCAGAUGGGCUUCCCACACUUAAAUCCUGUGAGACGA